AUGGCAUCCUUCGCAAGAUACAAGCAGCGCAUUCCACCAGCAAUACUCUCCAUCGGAAAAUACUCCAGUGUAGCAGGGUUAUUCAUUGCUGGAGCGUGGCAGCCUUGGUCACGACAGUGCUACUUUGAGCCAUUCGGGCCGGAAAACGACCCCUUAUUCCAGACCCGAUUCUUGCGCAUGUACAACCCGAACAACAAUCCAUCAGUGAAUGAUUCGUGUGUUCGAAAAGUUCCACUAGACAAGAUUCGUCCUGAAUUGGUUGAAGACGCUCUCGCUGGAGGGUCGAUGCUUCUAGAGAGGUUUUGUGCCGGUGUCUGGGGCGGAUAUGGUUAUGCCCUGCAACGCAGAAUUAUGACGUGGUCUUGCAGAGACGAGUCCAACAAGCACAUGCUCUGGGAUAAGAAGCAACUGCUUGACAGCGCAUACAAAGAGGUUCUCAAAAAGAGUUCGAAAUCCAUCAUCAUGCGAGGAGGAAUGUCCCCAUCGAUCAAUCCAGACAAGCCACGCGAAAUGGACAAUCUUUCAGAAAUCACGGUCAAUAUAGACCUCAAGCAAGGGCAGGUCGAGUUCAGGUUAAAGAAUAUCUUUUUCAACGGUAGUGAAAAUGGUUCAGGAGCCUUAUUCCCAAAACCUGUACUAUGGCUACAUUUUCAGUACUGCAAAUUGUUAGUUGAGGCUGGAGUAAGUCAUUGUGUCAGAUAG